AUGAAGGUACCAAGGAUCGAAUCUCGUCUCGGUGCCAAUGCCAGUGCUGUGCAGCAAGCUGCUACCGUUUUGACAGGUAUUGACCCUGUUGCCGGAGCACUCGCCUUCUUGCCUCUGGUAGACUACAAGCUGAUCACCAACUAUCCUUCCGUCCAACUCCCUCAGGGUAAGUUGGCAUGUAUCCCCGUCAUUCAGGGUAACAACCUCGACGAAGGUACCCUCUUCGGUCAAAAGACUCUCAACUCUUCCGCUGAAUUCGAGACAUGGGUUCGCUCUGCUGCCGUCAUCUACAACACUUCUUACGCCGAGACUGCUCUCCAGCAAGUCUUUGAGAAUUACCCCGACGUCCCAUCCGAGGCUUCGCCGUACUACAACGCCCAAACAGCCACUUCAGCGGGUACAACCCAAAACCUCGACUCUCGCAUCUACGAACCCUUCGCAAGCAACCAGUACAAACGCUCAUCCUCCUUCUAUGGUGAUUUCACAUUCAACGCUCACCGUCGAACUUACUUGCAAGGAACACAGCUGCGGGGCAGAAGGAACAAAGAUAAGACCUGGUCUUUCCAAUUCAGUCAGAAUGACAAGAGCCCAGUAUCAUGCAUUGCAACGAUCUAG